AAAGAAAAAGGCAAACGCGGCCUUGAAAUUGCUUACUAGAGAGUAGAGAAAGCUUUCUUCUCUCUGUCUCUCUCAGCCUCUGAGUUGUGAGUUGCAGAGCAAUGAGUCAGGAAUCGUUCAUAUACAGCUUCGUGGCUCGGGGAACGAUGGUGUUAGCUGAGUACACGGAGUUUACCGGAAACUUCCCUGCAAUUGCAGCUCAGUGUCUCCAGAAAUUACCCUCUUCCAACAACAAGUUCACUUACAAUUGUGACCACCACACCUUCAAUUUUCUAGUCGAAGAUGGUUACGCUUACUGUGUUGUUGCCAAGGAAUCUGUUAGCAAGCAGAUUUCUAUUGCGUUCCUAGAACGUGUCAAAGCAGACUUUAAGAAAAGAUAUGGUGGAGGAAAAGCAGACACAGCUGUUGCCAAAAGUCUCAACAAGGAGUUUGGUCCAGUUAUGAAAGAGCAUAUGAAGUAUAUCAUCGACCAUGCUGAAGAGAUUGAAAAACUAAUAAAAGUGAAGGCUCAAGUUUCAGAAGUUAAAAGUAUUAUGUUAGAAAACAUUGACAAGGCUAUUGAUAGAGGAGAAAAUCUAACUAUCCUUGCGGACAAGACAGAGACAUUGCACUCACAAGCUCAGGAGUUCAGAAAGAAAGGAACUCAAGUACAUCGGAAAAUGUGGUAUCAGAACAUGAAAAUUAAAUUGGUUGUUCUUGGAAUUUUGUUGCUUUUGGUCCUGGUUAUCUGGCUCUCUGUUUGCCAUGGAUUCAACUGCUCAAACUAGCUACAAAUGAAAGUUUAUGGAUAGGUAUUUAAAUGAUGUUUAAAGAGCAAUUUAGCUUUAGGGAGAAUCUGCUUAGGAGGGGAAGUUUGGCGACUGGAGAAAAAAGUUUCCUACCUUCUUUGUUGGUGAUAAUGAUAUACGAUAUUCUUGGACAUUUUUAGAGAGGAGAGGAGGUGUAUCUGUAUCAUGUGCUGAACUGUUUGAUCUUGUCAAACAAUACAGUUGUAAUUUGCUUCUCUUUUCUUUAUUUUAAAUGUAGAAAAAUGUUUAUAACUUGCCUCUCAUUUAAACAAUCGAUUUGACUUUUCUUCUCCCCCAAGGGGAUAUGUUUUUAAGGAGCAUGUAAGGAGAUUCUGGCAAAUGUUAUUUGCACAAACAUUGAUAAGAGUGGAUUAGAAGGUAUGUACCUAAUGGAUCAGGAAACUAUUAGGUAGCCAUAAUUGUUUUUUACAGUAUAAACUGCCAUUGUUAUUAAUUAUUGGAAGAAUGAGUUGUUUUUAUCAUUUGGAUUCAUUUAAUAAUUAUUUCAAACCUU